AAAACAGAAAUUACUAGCGUCAUAACCUCAAAAAAAAAACGUAAAACGUUUGGAAAUGCUGUUUUAUUCAUUUUUUAAGUCCCUUGUGGGGAAAGAUGUAGUGGUGGAAUUAAAAAAUGAUUUAAGCAUUUGUGGUACUCUACACUCUGUAGAUCAGUAUUUAAACAUCAAAUUGACUGAUAUUAGUGUCACCGAUACGGAAAAGUACCCUCACAUGCUUUCUGUAAAAAACUGCUUUAUAAGGGGUUCAGUUGUCCGUUACGUCCAGCUACCCGCUGAUGAGGUUGACACUCAACUUUUACAGGAUUCCGCAAGGAAAGAGGCGACUGCUCCCACUAGAUAAUUUUAAAUAAGACAAUAAAUACAAUUACUAUUUAAUUUUUUUAUAAGUAAAGGAUUAAAAUGUCUGAACAGAAUUAGAAUUUCUAAUAACUUAAUUUUGAUCAUCGGAGAACAUUUGGUAAAUUAGUUUUAAAUUAGUAUAAGAAUUAUGUUUUCUUGAAGAUUAUGAAAAAUAAAAGUUAAAUUGUCAA